GGGAAGAGAGAGAGGAAAAGAAACUAAACCCAACCCGCAACACGCGCCGCCGCCGCCGCCUCCUCCUCCUCUCUCCGGCGACCGACCCAGCGGAGCUGCGGGGGGGCGUGCGGGGAACCACCACUGGAGGUAGAGCUAGAGCCUGGAGUCUGAUGCGUCCCAGCCCAUGGCCCCCCACCUCGGCCUCCACCUCCGCCUCCGCCUGCUGCUGGUCGUCGGCGUCGCGCUCGGGAGCGCCGGCGCCGGGCUCGGCUGGGGAGGAGGGGCGGGGGCGCCGACAGAUCGGGAGGCGCCGGACCCGUACUUGAUCCUGACGUGGCACGACUACUCCCCGCCGUCGCCGCCGCCCCCGCCGCCGCCGCCGGAGGCGCCGGCGGCCACCUGCGAGGGGGACCUCCACGGGCAGGGGAACUUCAGCGCGCGGUGCGAGGUCUCCGAGGAGGUGGAGCUCGACGGGGACGUCUACAUCACCGGGGGCGGCAGCCUCGUGCUCCUCGCCGGGGCCGCCUUGACCUGCCAGAGGCCCGGGUGCGUCAUCUCCGCCAACCUCUCCGGCGAGGUGCGCCUCGGCCGCGGGGUGCGCGUCAUCGCAGGGAGGGUCUCCCUCGCCGCGGCCAACAUCACAAUCGCCGACACUGUCGUUGUCAACACCACCGCGCUCGCCGGGGAUCCGCCCGAGCGAACCAGCGGGGUGCCUACGGGGACGCACGGAGAUGGCGGGGGUCACGGUGGCCGCGGUGCUAGCUGCUAUGUCAAGGACGGGCAGACGCAGGAGGACUCGUGGGGCGGCGACGCCUACGCGUGGUCGGACCUCGAGCACCCGUUUAGCUUCGGAAGCAAAGGGGGUUCUACUAGCGUUGAGAAGGACUAUGGCGGGUCCGGCGGUGGUAUUGUGUGGUUGUACGCCGACGACCUGGUAAUGAAUGGUACAGUGCUCGCCGAUGGAGGGGAUAGCAGCGAGAAGGGCGGUGGUGGUUCUGGGGGGAGCAUCUAUAUAAAAUCUAAGACUAUGCAUGGUGGUGGCAAGAUAAGUGCUUCUGGAGGGAAUGGUCUGGCUGGGGGAGGUGGAGGACGAGUUGCUAUUAACGUUUUCAGUAGACAUGAUGACACCCAGGUUUUUGCUUAUGGGGGGAGGAGUUCAGGCUGUCCAGAUAAUGCAGGAGCUGCCGGAACUCUUUAUGAAGCAGUACCUAAAAGCCUUGUUGUUAGUAACAACAACUUGAGUACACAAACUGACACUCUUCUUUUGGAGUUCCCAAACCAACCACUAUGGACAAAUGUUUUUGUCAAGAAUCAUGCUAAAGUUGCUGUUCCCUUGCUUUGGAGUCGUGUUCAGGUUCAAGGGCAACUUAGUCUUCUUUCUGGUGCUAUUCUAACUUUUGGUUUGACUCGUUACCCAUACUCGGAGUUUGAAUUGAUGGCUGAGGAGCUUCUUAUGAGUGACUCAACAAUCAAGGUGUUUGGUGCCUUGAGAAUGUCUGUAAAAAUGCUUCUAAUGUGGAACUCCAAAAUGUUAAUUGAUGGUGGUGGAGAUUCAAUAGUUGCAAUGUCCUUACUUGAUGCUAGCAAUUUGAUAGUUCUGAAGGAAUCAUCUGUAAUACAUUCUAAUGCUAAUCUUGGCGUUCGUGGUCAAGGCCUGUUGAAUUUAUCUGGAGAAGGAGACACAAUUGAGGCACAGCGCCUUAUUUUAUCACUAUUCUACAGUAUAAAAGUUGGACCUGGCUCCAUUUUACGGGGUCCACUUGUAAAUGGAAGUAGCGAUGACGUGGCACCAAAGCUGAACUGUGAAGAUGAUACCUGUCCUGUAGAAAUAAUACAUCCACCAGAAGAUUGCAAUCUGAAUUCAUCACUGUCAUUUACUCUUCAGGUAUGCCGUGUUGAAGAUAUUGACAUCUGGGGUCUCGUUCAAGGAACUGUAAUUCAUUUCAAUAGGGCUAGAAGUGUCACUGUACACACAUCCGGUACCAUCAGUGCAACAGGCUUGGGCUGCCGGAGUGGAGUAGGACAAGGAAAUAUGUUGAACAGUGGUGUAAGUGGUGGUGGUGGACAUGGUGGUAGAGGGGGGGAUGCCUUUUAUAAUGGAAGCCAUGCUGGGGGUGGAUCUAUGUAUGACAGCGCUGAUUUACCAUGUGAACUUGGCAGUGGCAGUGGCAAUGACACCACAGGGUUUUCCACCGCUGGUGGUGGUAUAAUAGUGAUGGGCUCAUGGGAGUAUUCUCUACCAAGUCUUUCCCUCCAUGGUUCAGUAGAAUCAAAUGGUGAAAGUUCCACUGAUGUGGUAACUAAUGCCUCUCUUGGAGGACCUGGUGGUGGCGCUGGGGGCACAAUUCUUCUUUUUGUACGUACUUUGUCCCUUGCGGAGAGCUCCAUCCUUUCAAGUGUUGGUGGCCCUGGGAACUCUGGCAGUGGUGGAGGUGGAGGGGGAAGGAUCCACUUCCAUUGGUCUAACAUUCCAACUGGAGAUGAGUAUGUUCCUGUUGCAGCUGUUAAAGGAUCAAUACUUACAAGUGGAGGGAUCAGCAAAGGGAAAGGAUUUCCUGGUGAGAAUGGAACAGUUACAGGAAAAGCUUGCCCAAAGGGUCUCUAUGGUACAUUCUGCAAGGAAUGCCCCCUGGGAACGUACAAGAAUGUUACUGGAUCAUCUAAAUCUCUAUGCUUUCAAUGCCCUCCAGAUGAACUCCCUCAUCGUGCUAUGUACAUAAGCGUUCGUGGAGGUGCUUAUGAAACUCCUUGCCCAUACAAAUGCGUAUCAGAUAGAUAUCGUAUGCCUCACUGUUAUACUGCUCUGGAAGAGUUGAUAUACACUUUUGGGGGACCUUGGUUAUUCGGCCUACUACUUUCUGGUCUUCUUAUUUUGUUAGCUCUUGUUUUAAGUGUUGCCAGGAUGAAAUUUGUUGGUACUGAUGAGUUACCUGGGCCUGCUCCAACUCAACAAGGAUCCCAAAUUGAUCAUUCUUUUCCUUUCCUAGAAUCACUAAAUGAGGUCUUGGAAACUAAUAGGGCUGAAGAAUCACAUGGGCAUGUACACAGGAUGUAUUUCAUGGGUCCCAACACUUUCAGUGAACCUUGGCAUCUCCCACACACCCCACCAGAACAGAUUACUGAGAUUGUGUAUGAGGAUGCAUUUAACCGAUUCGUCGAUGAGAUAAACACUCUUGCAGCUUAUCAAUGGUGGGAAGGAUCGAUUCACAGUAUCCUCUGUGUACUUGCAUACCCCUUGGCCUGGUCUUGGCAACAGUUCCGUAGGAGAAAGAAGUUACAAAGACUUCGUGAAUUUGUUCGCUCUGAAUAUGACCAUUCAUGCUUACGGUCUUGCCGUUCACGCGCACUUUAUGAAGGGCUCAAGGUGACUGCAACUCCUGAUCUUAUGCUGGGCUAUUUAGAUUUCUUCCUGGGGGGAGAUGAAAAAAGGCCUGAUCUUCCACCUCGUCUUCGCCAAAGGUUUCCAAUGUCCUUGAUCUUUGGAGGUGAUGGAAGUUACAUGGCUCCAUUUUCACUCCACAGUGAUAGUGUGCUCACUAGCCUUAUGAGUCAGGCUGUUCCCUCAUCGAUAUGGCACCGUCUUGUAGCUGGAUUGAAUGCCCAGUUGCGUUUGGUUCGACGUGGAAAUCUUAGAGGAACAUUUCUUCCUGUUCUCAACUGGCUUGAAACCCAUGCUAACCCCUCUAUGGGUGUGCAUGGUGUUCGUGUUGAUCUUGCCUGGUUCCAAGCUACAGCAUUAGGGUAUUGCCAACUUGGUCUUGUUGUUUAUGCUGUUGAAGAACCAGUGGGUGCAGAGCUUGAUGGUAGUCCUAGAAUUAAAAUAGAACAACAUUCACCAACACACAAUACACAUGCUGAUACUCAACUAGGCCACUCAAGAACUAAGGAUGCUCUUAUGCGCAAAAGGAUAACUGGUGGAGUAAUUGAUAGUACUAGCUUAAGGACACUUAAAGAGAGGAGAGAUUUGUUUUAUCCAUUUUCUCUCAUCUUGCACAACACUAAACCAGUUGGCCACCAGGAUCUUGUUGGCCUAGUAAUCUCAAUAUUGCUUCUCGCUGAUUUUAGCUUAGUGUUACUUACUUUCCUCCAGCUAUAUUCAUACUCUAUGGCCGAUGUUCUCUUAGUUUUGUUUGUUCUUCCUCUUGGGAUACUUUCACCUUUUCCCGCUGGAAUAAAUGCUCUUUUUAGUCAUGGACCACGGCGAUCAGCAGGCCUUGCUCGUGUGUAUGCAUUGUGGAAUAUUACUUCACUGGUCAAUGUUGUUGUGGCUUUUGUUUGUGGCCUUGUGCACUACAAGUCAUCAACCAAAAGACAUCCUAGUACGCAACCAUGGAACCUGGGAACGGAUGAAAGUGGCUGGUGGCUCUUCCCUACUGGACUCAUGUUACUGAAAUGCAUCCAAGCAAGGCUUGUUGACUGGCAUGUCGCUAACCUAGAGAUUCAAGACCGCGCAGUAUAUAGCAAUGACCCAAGCAUAUUUUGGCAGUCAUGACACCUGGUGUUACUGAGGUUCUUUUGGGAGCUUUUUACAACUCAAUUUUUUGGGAGUUGAUAAAAGGAAGGGUUUGGUCAACACGGCCUUUCUUUAUUUACCUGUGGCCGAAGAAGCAACUACAGUGGUUAUAGAUGCAAUUUCCGCGCCCCUCAGCUAAUCAUGUGCAGUCACAACCUGUGUUUUGCUGUAUAUAUAAAAGGUGUACUUGAUCCAUUAUUUGUAGGAUUUAGACACCAUAGAGUUUAUAAACAGUUCCCAAGCUAACUGAAGAGAUGUGAUUUUGUUGUUGUUGUUGCUGCUGUUGUCGAUGCUCUGCACUUUGCCUCUUGAUGUUGAGCUGGGCAAGGCAUCAGCUGUGAAACUCUCUCUUGUAUCUGAUUGGAUAACACAAGUUCUAACCUGCCUGAUGGUUUUCAUCAA